AGGCGGAAGUGUUUACAUAGCAAGUGAAAGAAGUUGGACUAAUUCGAAACUAUUAUUAAACACCGCAAAAUAGCUGUAAUUUCCUUAACGCCGCGGUUAAAUAAAGAGUUGUUUUUUAAUUGUGUUGUAAGUUUGAGCUGAAAUGGCGAGUGUUAAAGAGUACAUAGACAAAGUGACGCGUCUUUAUGAGCGCUACAUUGAGUAUGUGCGGAGAAAUCCAGCUGCCACUGCACAGCUGGAAAACACAGUACGGACACUGUCCUACCUGAUAGCAGGUCGUUUUACAGACUCCCAUGAAAUAUCUGAACUGGUGUAUUCAGCCUCCAAUCUCUUGGUGUUGUUCAAUGACAGCAUUCUGAGGAAAGGCCUCAAAUGUGCGAUCCCUGUGUCUCUAUCCCAGCAGAAACUCCUCACAUGGCUGUCUGUGCUGGAGUACGUCGAGGUUUUCCUGGAGAUAGGAGCCUGUAAAGUGUGGGGUGAAGUUGGACGUUGGCUGGUCAUUGGACUCAUUCAGAUUUUUAAGGCGGUUUUCCGUAUUUUGCUUCUUCUGUGGUACAAAUCGGGUAUCCAGACUUCCCCUCCCAUAAUCCCUCUCGACAGAGGUGCAGAUUUCAGCAGUGAAGAUGAUACUAACAUUGAACAGCAAGAAGAUCGCUGCUUUGUGGGUCAGAGGUCAGGGCGAGUCAUCCGACCCCUGGGCAGUGCAGCUCCAUCCCUUCAGGACCGACUCUGGGGAACAAUGGGCCAGAAGAAGAACAAGAGUAAGAGUAGCCUGAAGGAGCAGCAGCUGCACAGUAAACCUACACAGCUGACACUUCAGGAGACCAUCGCUGAGUCCCUCUACAUCGGACGACCACUUGUUCACUUACUCUGCCUUGGACUGUGUGGGAAAAAGUCCUGGAAGCCGUGGCUCAUCUCUGGAGCUCUUGAACUUUCCAGCUUCGCUGUUCUCAGUGACACCAAGUUUCAGAAUCGAUGGGAGAAGGCAGAGAUGAAGAGGAGAGCUUUCCUCUUAUUCUAUUACCUUCUGCGGUCGCCCUUCUAUGAUAGAUACUCAGAGGAAAAGAUACUGUUCAUUCUCAAACUCCUGGCUGAUUAUGUUCCAGGAGUCGGCCUAGUGGCACGGCCAUUGAUGGACUAUCUUCCCACCUGGCAGAAGAUCUACUUCUACAACUGGGGAUAACAGCUGCCUGAUCUACUCACAUUAAUCCUGAAUUCUAACUGAAGGAGAGAAAGGCAAGAAAAGACCUUGAGGCCAUCGCUGCAGCCCUCAACAAAUAUUCGCCAUAUUUCCUCUGAAAUCAAAUGAAAGAAUAUGUAUGAGUUACUUGGACCAAUGGACAGUAGCUGAUUUACUUGGCUUGAAGAUGUACUGCUAAAAUCAGCUGUUUUUGUGUCAUUUUUAGCAUAAUUGUAUUAUGUUAGACUGCUUCAGUCUACAGUUUAUUGGUGUUCUGUUUUCUGUACUGACAGGAUGGAGUGUGGACAUUUCAGUCAUGUCAGCCUGUUCUUUCCUUGUCAAAAGCCUUGUUUCCUACUCCAUUACUUUGGCAGAACAUUGUUAACACAUUGCUGCUGCUUAAAGGAUAACUCUUAUUUGCCUAGAAUGGUUGAUAUUAAAUUCUGAACAUGUUUUUUUGU